GAAGACUGCAAUGACAUUCUUUUAAAAAUUGAGAGAGAAAGCCGUCGGAAAGUGUCAGGAGUCCUUCAGCGAAUUAUCUUGCUCUUCCGGGCUGCUCAUUGUUCCUGCCCUGCAGCACAGUGGUAUAUUGCACAACUGAAGUGGGCAAGAAAAGUUAUGCAAAAAAUUCGAAUGAAAGGUUCUCUUCCUUCACUGAGUCCGUUCCCAGAGACUUUGCUUCGUUACUCCAAUUUCCGCACUAUUUUCUGUAGACCUACAUCUUCUGGAGACCAUCAGUUUGAUGAUAUUACCUGUAAAAUUUUAGGUUGGUUCAGAGAGCUAUGUGCAUUGUGUUGGAUGUUUCACGUUCGUGAAAGAUUAUCUGACAACUGUAGGCGGUACCAAACUGCAAGGGAAAAUAUGAACAAUCAGAAGGAUCUGAAGAAGAAUGAAUAUGAUGCCUCCACAGUUGAGCAUUGUCUGAAUGCAUUGGAGUGGGCUUGUCGAAUGCUUCCUUUCUGCAGGUUCAUGAAUGUUGAAGAAUUAGUUCAAGAUGUAAUUUUAAGUCUGCUUGGAGAAUUGCCACCAUUGAAAAAGGUGGCAGAGAUUUUUGUAAAAGCAUUUCCUAAUCCUGAAGAUAUAAGAGUUCCACUAAGAGAUAAAUACCAUGGUCUUCAGCAGCGACUCAGACACAGUAUUGUUAAAGAUCCUGAAAGUGAAGAAAUGAUGUCAAUUGUUAUACAAGCUACUGAAAGAGUGAGAAUGAAGGCCUUGAGACGUGUAAUAAGGAACAUAGGCCCCAUAGAAGUUAAUAUUUGGGACCAGGCAGAAGAGGGAGCAGCAGAUGAUGAGGAACACUGUUACGACAGAUUCUCAUUAGGCACUAGUUUAAGCAGAAGCACACUUACUGAUCUUGGGAAUCCUCAGGUAUACAGUGAUGCUGACACAGCAGAUACGCUUUCUGAUGCUUUGCUUACUGAAGGAACGAGUGCUCCAACACGUUCACUCCAAAGGUAUGGAAAAAAUUGCAGCAGAAGGCUUUCUAUUUAAAAAAAAAAAAGAAAAAAAAAAAGUUGUCUCUUACCCAAAAAUGCCACAUGCAAGAUAAAAGCUCUUAACUGGAAAACAAAACAUAAAGACAAAUUAUGUGGAAAAGACAUGCAUAAUCAAUAUAAUUUGCCUAUAGUUGGUGCAUGGGAAUUUGAACGUGAUGAUGACGAAUACGUUAUUUUUUUAGAACUCUUUUUGAGUUAUAUUCUUGAGAGAGACCUGAUGAAGUACAGUGACUUUGGAAUUCCAUUUCUUACUAGCUUUUCUGGACUUCUUCGAGAGCAUGAAUUAAACUCUCUCUUUUUUGAUGUUCAUACAACACUGAAACGUCGACAAGGCAAAACUAGAAGCCAAAGUGUGUUUAGAGCAGGGUCUUGCUAUACCGUCACCAUGGCAUCUUGUGAUCCUGAAACAGUGUCUGUCUAUAAUGAAAACAAAAAUACUUUGGAAAAUCCAACCAUUGUACAGUCCAUUGUACAGACAACAGAACCUUCUGUGCGUAACCUAAUGAAAGGACAUAAUGAAGGAUUAUUUGGUUUAAAACACAAGUCCAUUUACAGAGCUCAGAGUGACAAUCAAGGAGUCACUUUUACACCAGCAAACCAGACCUUUCCUAACUGUAAUUUCUCUAGCCUGCAAACUUGGGCAACUUCUAAAUACAUUUACAAAACUGUUGAUAUAGUUGAUAUUGUACCAGGAGAAGAACUGGCUAUAGAAUUGAUGGGUAAAUUGAACAAUAUUGCAAAAUUGCUUGAGUGGAUGAUCAGAUGGUCGGAUAAAAGACUGCUCUGUGGUUCCAGUAAACAAGAUUCCGUAGAAGAGAUUCUCCCAAUGAUACAUGUGAAAACAUCAGCAGCUGCUGUCCUUACUUCUUUAUGGCUAUUAGAACAGUUAUACAGAGAUGGAUGUCAAGCAAAGAGCAUAAAAAUUAAGAGUCUGGAUAAUCAAUAUCUGAAAGAAUUUGCAUCUCUAUCAGAAGUCGAGUCUAGGACAGAGAAAGAAAGUAGUAUGCAUGAAGGCUCUUCAAUGGUGGCAAACCCUCCACUUGAUGUCCAGAGUGAACAAACGUAUGAUGAUCUCUCUGAAAACAAUUUUGGAAUGUCUACAGAGUCAAAAUAUUUUGAUAAGAAGGAAGUUAAUCAUCAGAAGUAUUCUGUAUCUCAUAUGACUGAAGAUCUUAAUGAAGUGGGACCAUUCGUUCAGGAGGAGUUAGAUGUAACGUCAGAAAGUGGAGAGCUCCUUGAAGAGCCAUAUGAAACUCCAAAGAGCUCCAAUAGCUCUGUCAAGAUCAAACGUGUAGAACACCAAAAAGGAAAGCAUGUCUCCAUUUCAGAUGUAGAUAGUCCCCAGGAAGACCAAAAGGUGGAAAAAACAAAGGAAGGAAAGGGUGAACGGAAUGCCAUGACUGAGGUUUUUACUAGCACCAUUUCUCAGUCAUUCUCUCUAGAACAAAAUGCGGAAGUUCCCAGUAAUACAGAGAUUUCUCUAAGUGGUGGUCAGCCUUCUCAGACUGUUGUGUCAACUAUGUCAAGUGUUGCCUCCAAUACUUCCAUUUGUGCAAAGAAGCAAGAAGUCAAGAAAGAAGGCCCUGCAGAAGAGAAGCUAAACACAUCAGAAACUGUCAGGCAGAUGCUCCAAGAUGAAAUGUUUAAGUUAGUUCAGCUACAGCAAAUCAACUUCAUGAGUUUAAUGCAAAUAGUGCAGUCAUCCUUUGCGAACCUGCCAAAUGUGCAACAGUAUCAAUCUGUUCUCCCGGAAGGAAGCCAGCCUGCACAUACCGUAGAAGGCAAUGGCUCUCUGAAAACACAGCUGUCCGCUCAAGAAGACAAAGGAAAACCUGGUCAAAAGAGCUUUGCUUUUCAACCAAGGAAUAUUUUAAGAGAUGAAGGCAACAAUGGCCAUAUAAAAAAUCAUCUGGAUGUGAAUGUUUCUUUAAGCCCAUUAGAAAGCCACAGCAGAGAAACAGGAUUUAUGCCUCCGUCUCAAGAUUUGCAUUCUUCAGCACCUCCUAAACCACUUCAUCUCCUAGCUCCUUCCUCAGACAUCCAGAAAACACCCAAGCUUAUCCCUAUUGAGAAAAGAAUGGAUUACUCAAAUGCGUUUCCUUUGCUUAAGCUUGAAUCAGGUUAUCUUUUCAAACCGGCAUUUUUACAUCCAAUAGAAAUGUCAUCAGCUUUUGCUAGACCACCCCCAGUACCACGAGUAGCUUGGAGUUCAUCAAAUUCCUUAUGGAACCAUCAGUCAUCAUACACACCAAGAAGGAGUAGGUCAACAGCAGAUUUGAACAUGAGUAGAUACGACCCUGAGAUCCCAAGGCAGAUGCAUGAAGAAGAGAAAAGAUGGGCAGAAACUGUGCAUAAGGGACCUCCCAAACACCUGAAUCUAGAUCAGUAUGAAGGACAGCAAGAAGUUUCAUCUUGGCAGCAGCCCUCUGCAAAUGUGAAUAUGGACAAAGCACUGAUCACUCAGAACCUGGCUGGUAUUCCACUGUUGCACUUGCAACUUGACCCACUACGUAGACUUCCAUCAGUUGUAAGACAGCCAAUCACUACUACUUUAAUACCUGUUAAACCUGCAACAAAGGAGACUGACUGCAGAGAAACACUACAGCACACAGGAAUAUCACUACUCCAUGCUAAUUUACCUCAAAAAAAAAAGGCACCAAAACUCAUUCCACUUCAAGAUCUCAUUGCAUUUGAGCAAUGCCACCAGCACCAUGCUGUGCCCAGUACUUCCUUUGGACGAGACCAAACUGAACCUAUCCAGUUACUAAAAACUGAUGUUGAACCAUUUGAACUAAGAGAUGUGCAGAGUAAUAGAAGAAGGCAAGCCAAACUUUUAAAGUGGUUCUUCAUUUUGAAAGACUUACUGGUCUGUGUUUUCCACGGAACAGCUAAUGGCAUCAUUGCAUCUAGAACAGAACACUUGGUUCUGGUUAUGAUGCUUCUAACUCUGGCAGUUGGAAACACAGACUCUACGAUGAGUUUUUCACUCUUAAGACAAAAGAGGCAUGAUAACAAACAAAUGAAAGAGAAGGAGAAAAAGAAGAAACCAAGUGUGUCCUGCCCAGAUGACUCCAUCAUCAGUAUUAGUGAUACAGCGAUGGUUGUUGAAUCAGGGACUGGGACACCUAUCGUAUAUUAUUGCAUUUUAGACACAAUGAGGGAAGCAAGUACUACUUCAGCAGAUCUACAUUACAUGGCUUCUACAGGAAAAAAACCAGCAGAAACUCAAGAUGCAAGUACAAAUACUCAACCAGAGCUCCAGUCACAUCAGGAUGUUGGAAACAGUGGUGGAAAUGAGGUUUCUGAAGUUCGAAAAAAUGAGUCAGUCAUGUCUGUUCCUGUGUCAGAAUCAUCUAGUGCCCCUGAGAUACUACCACCAGACAUGCAUUUAAACCUGAAAUUCCCCACUGAAGUGAAUGAGAGACCUUUGCCAUCCUUUCUGCCAGAUGCACCUGAUUUGAGUGAACAUCAAUAUAUCAGUGUGAUUGACAUUGAAGACAGUGAUAUCCUUAAUUUGCCCAUGAUACCUGAGUCUGCAGAAGAGAUAGCUGCUACACAGCAAAAUGAGAAGUUUGAAAUUCCAUCUACUGCAAAACUUCAUCACAUGGUAGUUUCUGUUACUAAUGCAAUUCCAUCCAAGGCGCUUCAGAAGGAAGAUGAUCAUCUGAAAAAUGUAUCAAGCCAAGUGCAAAAGGAAGAUAAGAAGGCAGAUUCUGCUAGAGAUAGUAUAACUUGGAACAUAGUACGUGAAGACAACAGAACUUUUCCUUCUUCAGGGCUACCACCCAAAGUAAUUGGCAAAGAAUACUUUUCCACAAAGCAGCAGGAAAUGGAUAUGCAAUUACAGACACUACAGAACAUAACAGAAAAUAUGGAGGAGGAUUUCAGAAAAACCAAACUGCUAGUGAAAAUAAUAGAAGAUUUUGAAAUGGCUGCCAGUUCAGACCUUGGUGCUCGUCCUUCAUUUGCUGAAGAUGCUAGAAGCAUUGAUGAUGAAUCAGAACAUUAUUUGAGGGGCAUGAUUUUUGAAGAUGUUACAGAUGAUGAAAAGGAGGGCUUAAACUUGGAAUAUCCUGUACCCAAUUAUACCACAUUGGAAGUCAGUCCUUUUAGUUUUACCGUGAAGAAAGUAUUUAUUACCCAGCUGCUUACUUUAAAGAUUAGUGCAAGGGUUCAUGAUUCUGCUGCUGGACAUUCUCAAAAAACAGAAAAGGAGAAGAGAGAGAUACAAGCAUGGAUGAAAAGAAAGCAGAAGGAACGAAUGAGAGAAUAUGUGAAGAAACUGGAUGAACAAAGACAGAAAGAGCAUAAUCCAUUCAGUCUAAGAAAGAAUGUGCAUUGUAGUCCUACUUCAAAGGAUAUUAAAUCCUUCCAGAAGAAGAAAGAAGAAAAAGACAAAAGGCAUCUGAACAGUCCUGUCCUGUCAGAAAGGAGCAGAAUUGCUGCCAAACCCAGCUUUGGUCAAAAAGUACACCGUUUCACCCCAAGUCUUGGUUUAACACAGUCCAGGGCUGCUGAGUACAGAGCCAGCAGAACAUCAAAACAAAAGCCUCCACAUGUUUCCACUGCAGUUCAGACAGAAGGUGUUGAUCAAGAGACUGAUCGAGACAUAGUAAGUCCUUGGACUGUGCCUGAUGAUAUCCAAAGAAUACUUCAAGAUACUCACGACUCCUUGUUUCAGGCCUCUGCACUACAUCCUGUGAGUUUUUCUCCUCUCGGUGUUACCGAUACUGAUGGUGUUUCUGAAAGCACAGGAAGUAUCCUCAGCAAACUGGACUGGAAUGCAAUUGAGGCUAUGGUAGCAGAUGUGGAAGACAAGUGA